UCAAAAUGUCGGUGCAGUUUUUCAUACUGUGCACCUUGGUUACCAUCGCGUCGGCCGCGGUGAAGCUUCAGGAGUUGUAUGCCUGGAACGCGUUGGACUGGAACUAUCCAGAUCAGUACACCAGACAACAGGCCAUCCAAACGGGGGCGCUGAUACCCGAGAAUGCCCUACCCGUGGGUAUCGAGAGGUGGAGAAACAAGCUAUUUGUCAGCGUCCCUAGAUGGUUUGCAGGUGUACCUGCGACUUUGAACUACAUCCCGCUGGAUGCGCCUUACGAACCAUCGCCAAAACUAAACCCCUACCCGAAUUGGGCAAGCAAUGCUCUCGGCGACUGUGAAAAUGGGCUCAACACAGUCUACAGGAUCAAAGCCGACAAGUGCGACAGACUCUGGGUGUUAGACGUCGGCACCUAUGGUUAUGAUCCGAACGUUACGAACCUCUGCCCGUACAGCAUCAACGUUUAUGACCUAAACACAGACCAGCGAAUCAGACGGUACGUGUUUCGACCUGAGGACAUCGUGCCUUCCACUUUCAUUGCCAACAUAGCCCUCGACGAAGGCCCUACCUGUGAUGACACCUUCGCCUACUUUUCCGAUGAACUCGGAUACGGUCUCAUCGCUUAUUCCUGGAGACAGAACAAAUCCUGGCGAUUCAGUCACAGCUACUUCUUCCCCGACCCACUCCUUGGUGACUACAAUAUUGCGGGUCUAAAUUUCCAAUGGGGAACCGAAGGCAUUUUUGGGAUCAGUGCGUCUGCUGUCGGAUCAGAUGGUUUUAGAACUCUUUAUUUCAGUCCUCUCUCCAGUCAUACUGAAUUCGCCGUCUCUACUCGUAUUCUGAGAGACGAGUCGAAGGUCAGUGGCUCAUACCGCGAUUUCAAAGUGGUCGGGAACCGUGGCUCCAACGGCCACACGACUGCCAAAGUCAUGGACGAGAGCGGUGUGCAACUCUUCAAUCUGAUUGAUCAGAACGCAAUUGGAUGUUGGAAUACUUUCCGACCAUUAAAGCCGCAGAACGUGGCCAUUGUGGAUAAGGAUGACGUGGGUUUAGUUUUCCCGAGUGACGUGAAAAUUGAUGCAGAACGCAACGUGUGGGUUAUGUCGGACAGGAUGGCGGUGUUCUUGGAAUCGCAGCUAGAUUACAGUGACAUAAAUUUCAGAAUUUAUACGGCACCUUUAGACAAACUGCUCGAGGAAACGGCAUGCCAGUUGCCCGCGCAGUUUUAUAAGGCCCAAAAUACUCAGCUAACAAAAUAUUAUGAUCCUUUCUUCAACCCCAGCCCACAGCCGCUGCCGCCAUAUGUAGCGCCGGCGGUUCCGCAGAGCCAGAACCAAGGGCCAUUUAAUAAUCCUCAGUUAAUGCAAAACAUAAUUCCUCAAGUUUCAGCCUACAGUCCAUACAUCAAUACUCCCAAGCUAACACAGAUCACAAAUAAAACACCUCAACCGAGUAGAUGGUGGCAAAGAAGUUAUGACGUAUACGAAAACGUCUAAAUUAUAAGUAACUUAGAUAUAUGUUAACUGACGAAGAUGCAUGCUCUGUUACUAAUUCCUAUAAUUUAAAAGGAGAAUGAUAGCGUGGUUAGAUGUUUGGAUGUUUGUUGUUCUGAAUUUGAAUGAAUGUGCGUUAUCGUUAUCAUUAAUUGCAUACAUCCUAAAAGGUAACAAACUCAUUAUAAGCUAAAAUGACAAUAAAUAUUAAUAUUUUA